AUGGCCACCGUGGGGCCUGGCGGCUUGCAAGUCAAGCUCCAAUCCAACAACGUCUGCGGCAACCCCGUGUGUCGUCGCAUUGCCCCGAAGCACAAGUGUGCUCGCUGCAUGUCCAUCUGCUACUGUAGCCGAGAAUGCCAGUUGAGCCACUACAGCGUACAUAAGAUGCCCUGCAAGGCCAUCGCCGCACAAUUCCUUGGCGUUGACAACCUUCGCUUCCUGGGUUUCGAGCCUCAGGACGCUGAGGAUCGCCACAUCAUCAUGGCCAUCACAACCAUUGCCGAACAGCUGGAACGCACCAUGCCUCUACCCUCGUGCAUGGUGCACCCAGAUGCACCCCUCAGCCACUUUCAUGAGGGCAUUUUGCCGCUCCUGCCUGCCCACAAGGAGGGUGAUUGCUUGAUUGAUGCUGAUCAAACCUACGCCGGAGUUGUGCUCUCUCAGCGGCUGCUGCAAACCAUGCUGUUGCGCGCCAACCUUCGCAUGGGCGACGUGCUAUACUCAAUCACCACGCGCGAUGGAGUGGCGCGUGCCGUUCUUGCCAGGGAUCCCGAUAGUGCCGACCGCGUCCUCAUGUACACGCCCCUCAUCCCCAUGCUCCGCCCCAGCCAAGGCGCUGCCAUGGGCUCGAUAUCGGUGGCGUCGCUCAUUCGCUGGCGACGUUCGACCAUGUGCGCCCACGCUUCGGCCUCAGACCUGACGCAGUUCACGCCGACGGAGCGCGCCUCCAUCGCUCAGGAGUUGCUCUUCCUGGCCGACCAAACUGCCUUUCCCACCAUGCAGCUUGCCCGCGCCAUGGGUGUUCGCGGUGCAUUGGUGUUGCAUGUGACAGAACACAAUCUCUGUUGGCAAUUCCGCCCGCGCUUCUUCUUGCGUGAAAUGGGCGAAGAGGUGCUGCGCGCAAUCGACAACUAUGAUCCUGACCAGGCCAUUGUGACUCUGACCAUGGGCUCGAUUAUUUCCAGCGAGGAUAAUCCCACCACGGUCCUGCUUGUCAACCCGCUCCACGUGGCCCGGGCAUUUCAUCAGCAGGUCCUCGAGCCCAAGGUGCUUGCCAACAUGCGAGCUACCUGCUAUCAGUCACCGUGCCAGGCUGAAUACGACAUGCUGCAUGCCCGUCAGUCUCAAAAGGCCGCUCAUUGCUCCGACAUGGGGGUGGCAAUCGAUGAGAGUGAGGCGUGA